CACGCACUACGAUCCCACACAAAAAAUGUUUGCCAAAAUUCUUGCCCUCGGAGCCGUAGUGGCUGCUGCCCAGGCUGGUCUGCUCGGCCAUGGCCACGGAUACUCCGUGUCUUCGCAGCACAACGUAGUGCACCACGACACCCACUACGACAACCAUUACGCCCCUGUGGUCCACGCUGCCCCUCUUGUCCACGCCGCCCCUGUGGCCCACCUCGGAUACGCUGACCAUGGUCAUGAGGACUACUACUCUCACCCCAAAUACCACUACUCGUACUCCGUGGAGGACCCUCACACCGGCGACCACAAGUCCCAGCACGAGAGCCGCGACGGAGACGUCGUGAAGGGCGAAUACUCUCUGCUCCAGCCCGAUGGCUCCUUCCGCAAGGUCGAGUACUCCGCUGAUGACCACAAUGGCUUCAACGCCGUCGUCCACAACUCCGGCCCCAGCCACCAUGUGUACCACUCCCAGCACCACCAUUACUAGAUCUCUAAAAGCAUUAGCUGUAUCAACCAUGUCUAUUUAUUCUCGCUGUGAUCUUCAUGUACAUAAUGUACUAUCGAUUUAAUUAGUCAUUAAAAUAGUACAAACAA